AUUGCUUUCCGAUCAGUCUUCUAGUUUUCCUAACCCUUAUCCCACUAAGUGGGGCGGGCGCAGCGUAUCCUCUUUUCCAGAGAGUUAAAUGGAAUGCCAAUUUUCUACGUUCAGUAAUGCACGGGACGUUUGCCUUUCUCCAACUGAGCUUGGUUUUAUGUGCGAAAACCGAAUGUGGUUAUAAGCAAUGCCCUCAGACAAGAGAAGGUGCCUUGAAUGUCCAUCUGAUACCACAUUCGCACAUGGACGCCGGCUGGGUCAAGACCUUCGACGAAUACUACUAUGGAACCAAAACAUCAAUUAGUUCGGCGAACGUUCAAUUGAUAUACCACUCCGUUAUUUCUGAAUUGCUGUAUGAUAAAAAAAGAAAAUUCACCUUCUCCGAAACGUCGUAUUUCUGGCGCUGGUGGAAAGAACAGCGUCCUGUAACGAGGUCCACCUUCCGUAGCCUCGUGCAGGAAGGUCGCGUGGAGUUCGCCGGAGGAGGCUGGGUCCAGAACGACGAAGCGACUUCCGAUUAUCUCCAGAUCAUUGACCAAUAUACUUGGGGAUUGAGGAAACUGAACGACACUUUAGGCCUGUGUGGUAAGCCUAAAGCAGCUUGGCAGAUUGACACAUAUGGCCACACCAGGGAACAGGCAUCUUUACUGGCACAAAUGGGCUUUGAUGGCUUAUUUAUCGGUCGGGUCGAUCACAAAGAAAGAGAAUCUAUGAUCGAAGAGGAUAGAAUGGAAUUCAUUUGGCGUGGUAGCGACGUAUUAGGUAAAAUGUCUGAUAUAAUGACCCACACGUUAUUCAAUCUCUACAAUCCUCCUGAAGGAUUUUGCUUUGACAUACUGUGCAAUGACGAACCCAUCGUCGACGAUCCUGACAGCAAGUCGUACAACGCUGAUACACGAGUAAACGACUUUAUCGUUCAAAUAGAGAGACAAGCGAAAUAUUAUGAUCACGACAAUAUCUUGGUCACUGCCGGAGGUGACUUCACAUAUCAAAGCGCUGCAAAUUGGUUCAUUAAUAUGGAUAAAUUGAUUAAUCAUGUGAACACUCAUCCGGUCAAUCUGUCGGACGUGAAUAUAUUCUAUUCGUCUCCCUCCUGCUACUUGAAGGCCAUAUACCUACACGGACGCAGAGAUAAAGCCGUAUUCACCGAAAGGUCAGACCAUAUGCCUUAUGGAAGCGAUUCAUCUACCUACUGGUCGGGCUACUACUCCUCAAGGCCAAGCUUUAAAUACUUCAUUAGGAAGGCACAUGUGUUUCUGCAGGUCGCGAAGCAAGUAACAGUCCUUGCCCGUAUGGGGGAUUCGUACGAACUACACCUCCUGAGGCACGCUGUCAACCUGGUGGUACACCAUGACGCUAUAACUGGUACAAGUCAGCAGCACGUCACAAACGACUUCCUGAGAAUUUUAAGCGAAGCCGUCGAUGCUUGCACCAAUAAAGUGUCAUACUUACUCAGCAACUUAACUCCAACUUGGGGCGCGGGCAGACGGUCGAAAAACAGCCAGCACUUCACCGUGUGCCAUCAGCUAAACAUCAGCCAAUGUCGAUUCACGGAGACUCAAGAAAGCAUGGUCCUGCUAAUUUACAAUCCGCUAAGCGUCAAGGUCUAUCACCACUUGUGCUUUCCCGUCAAAGCUCUCCACUUCACCAUAAGAGAUUUUAAUGACGAAGAUAUAGAGUAUCAACUAGUGCCUCUCCCGGCUGCAGUACUAAGUCUUACUGGGCGAACGUCUUCGGCGAUCCAGGAGUUGUGUUUUGAAGCAGAGAACAUUCCACCCCUGGGGUACACUUCAUAUUACGUCACGCUUGUCCGUGAUCAACUGGAAGAAAACGAAUACGCCAAGAAAUCAGCUAAGGGCCACGUCGAGGCGGAACAAGAGGUCGCCACUUCUAUAUCCAAUGAGUAUCUCAAAAUCUCGAUCGAACAAUCCACUGGUCUGCUGUCUUCCAUCCAACACGUUGAUGGGGUAUCAAUAGCUGUAUCUCAGAACUUCCACUACUACGGUCAGGGUAAGAGCAGUCAGCAGUCAGGAGCCUAUAGCUUCAGGCCAGAGACGCAGCGACCAGUGCCGGUCACCGACAAGGCCACUUACAACGUGGUACGAGGUACGCUGAUAAAAGAGAUCAGACAAAGAUUCAAUGAUUGGGUGUCCCAGGUCAUAAGAUUGUACCGUGGCGAGGAGUUUGUUGAGCUUGAGUGGAUUAUAGGCCCGGUUCCUGUAGGGACAGACUUGGGAAAAGAAGUCGUGAUGCUGUUCUCAACUAACAUCAGCAACAGCGGAGAAUUCUUCACGGAUUCCAACUCGCGACAGAUGAUGAAACGGACCUGUUGGAACGAGACGACUAGCCAACAGCAAAAAAAGAGUAUCUCGUCGUGCUAUUACCCAGUGACGUCAAGAAUAUGUAUUCGUUGCGCAAACAGCAGCAUUGAAAUGUGCGUUUUAAACGACCGAGCCCAAGGAGGUACUUCAUAUAACGACGGAGAAAUAGAACUAAUGAUACAUAGAAGACUUCUAACAGAUGACGGGUUUGGCUUGGAAGAGAGUCUUAACGAGGAAUCUUACGGCACAGGGCUGGUCGUUAGAGGGAAACACAGAAUUCUGUUCGGAAACUUCAGACAAGAACUUGAAGAGCUAUCGUUCUCGGAGAGAGUAUCUCAAGCAGCCAGGCGCUGGAGAUAUGAACCCUGGUUGUUCUUCGCGCCCGGAGAGAAGAUUAGCAGGAGAAAAUGGCAGAAUGUUAGAAAUAAACGUUACUCAUUGCUGAGGAUGCGAGGUCUUCCACGACAUAUCCACAUCCUUACCCUGGAGCCUUGGAAAUCUGGGAGCGUUCUGUUGAGGCUCGAAAACGUAUUGGAAGAAUCCAGAGAUCACCUCAACUCUGAGAACCCCGAGGGGACCACGAGAGCCUCCCACAUAACUGUGGACCUACGCAAAUUAUUCGCCGUCCCAAUCAAAUUGGCGAGGGAGACGACACUUGCCGCGAAUCAGUGGCUGGACGACGCAAGACAGAUGGAUUGGAGCACUAGGUAUGUCUACAGCGGAUCUGAUGAUGGAGUAACUCACGAAGAUGGAGUGACCGAAGACUAUGAUAACAAACAAACACACCAGACGGACGCCGGCUCAGCUUCGGAAGAGGAAACGCAACGCAGAAGAUUCCAGAAAUAUACGAAACCCAAAAGAACGGUCCGCCGGCACAGACACAAGAGAGCAAUCGUCAAUAGGGAUGCGACAAAAACAAUCAAUGUAACAUCUCGAACGGGGCUAUUGAGCAGAACAAAAUCCGAAUCCAAUGAUUCAUUUAGUGACGCAAAAUCUUAUUCUAAUGAUACAAAAACUAACAAGAAUAAAGCGAAAUCACAAAAAGACAGGAUGCAUUAUUCGAAUUAUAAGAAAAAGAUUCCAUACGAAAACUACUCGUCUGAAGAGAGUUUAUCUUUGAGAAAGAUUUCAAAGGUGAUUGAAGACGCGAAGACUGAGAAAGCGAUAACUUCUGAUGACGACGAAAGCGAUGACAUCACGAAAUCUAUUUACGAAAUGUAUUACAAAGUCAAACCCAAAAAGAAUGCGUUCAAGCCGUUUCUAAGGAACCCACAUUUGAACCACCAUACGAAGAAUUCUAGAGGGAGUUACCCAAGAAAGAACGUUAAUUUGAGAACAGCUAAUCGUGAUGCACCUAAAAGACCAAUUGGGCGUUUGACAGAUAAAAGAAGAAAUGUCAAAACGGACGAUUACAGUAAUGAAUCGGAUGAAUCUUCAGAAUAUACUAAGGUUGAUGAGCACAGAGUAUAUUCAUCUCAAGAAGACUCAUCAGAGGACAUUCAGACAAAUGAAGAAUACUGGAGAACACAGAAAAACAGACGUAAGAGGACUUUACAACGCGAAGAAUCGGAGAGUGAAGGAAAACAGGAUUACCUAAUAACUCUGCGUCCGACGCAGAUAAGAACCUUCGUAGUUUGGUUUGACAAUAUUAAGAAUUAACUGAAUAAUUCUUAAAUAAUAAUUUAGGAAUUAUUAUUAUUUUAAUAACAAGCACAAAGUUUUAUUUGUUAAUAAAUCUCUAUCGAUGUUCGGAAAACUUUAUUGACGUAAUAAACGAUUGAAACUACAGAAA